AUGGGCCUCUUUAAGCGAUUGCGCGCUGCAUCUGGCGCGCGCAAGCCGCCAGAGAGCGCCUCACAAUCCUCAACGUCUGCAGACAGCUCGGCGACAAGCACGCGCAUACUCAAGCGCUCGCCAUCGACAAACCUGUUGGCUGUCCCCCCAAUCAGUCAUACGCCUCCGCCACGAGUAUCGACCUCGUCAACUGUCGCGUCGGCUUCGUCGUCACCCAGUUCGGCCCGCAGCUCGAUUCUGCCUUGGAAGAAAGACAAGCGGCGUAACACUGAGGAGCUGCAGUCGAUCCCCUACGAAUCAACAUCACCAUCCCCUUUGAGAAGCUCUGGCUCGCCGCGCGCCCCAUCGCCAACUCGCACCGCGAACAUCCCAUCGAUCUCGAAGCGGCCUCCAUCGACCCCCGCUAGACCACCGCGGCCAUCUCCCAACUCGUAUUCCCAGCACAACGGGCCGCCAUCCCCUUCCGCUUCGCCUUCGCAUACGCAGCACGCGCGGAACCCGAGCCACGAAUCGCAGCGCACUGUCAUCUCGCUCAGCAGCACCUUUACCGGGCGCUCCCGCCACACUUCGAGCUCGACUGACUGGAGGCAGGAAGGCGGUGUUCUCGGCAAGUUUGCGUUUGAAUCCAACGACUGGGGUAACAUAGGCGCUGCGACCCCGCUCCAGUCACCGCCCCCCUCAGCCGGUCCCUCCAAACAGACCACGCCUGGCACUUCGCCGUCCAAGCUCACCUCGCACUCUGCUGCGCUCGCCAUGUCGCCCACGUCCAAGCCUAAGUCAAGGGAUCCCAAGGAAAACGGCAGGUCAACGAUGCGCAAACUCGGUGCCUCGCACACAUCCCCAUCGCUCCCGUCCGUGGCCACAUUUAGCAACAAUUCGUGGGGAGCACAAUCACCUGAAUAUCUCUCGCCAGCCGGCGACUGGCCGCCAAGCAGAGCGCAACUGAGAGAGACGGCUGAAAUGACAAUGGUCAAGGGCAAGGGGAAGGAGGAGGUUGAGCAUCUAUCGCCUGUCAGCGACCAUAGGGACGCGACUGCCGAUGCGAAGGCACCACCACCAUCGAAAAGGUUGGUCAAGAACGGCACUCUCACCGAGGAAGUCGAAGAGAUCUUCAGCUCAACCUCGGAGCCCGACCUCGACGAGAAGCGGCGGUUCUGGAAGCCCGGAAUGCGCACGCGUCGUACAUCGAAGCCGCGCCCUCCCGAGGAACGGCCCGUGUCCAUGUCCCAUGUGGAGCAGCGCCCACCGCUGCGGCGUCCGCAGUCGUCGCUGUUCCACAACCCGUUCGGCCGCACCCAGUCACGCGUGUCCUUAACUUUCGAGCUUGACCAGCCGUCGCCUGUGGACGAUGGGUCGUUCCAGCUCAAGUCGUUCCGGCACAUCUCGGGCGCAUCGGACGCCGAGGGGGGUUUUGGCCAGUACCUCAGCACUAAGAAGACCGAUGAGCAGCGCCUCAGCUCGCACGAGAGAUCCGCGGCGAGCACCAUUGUCCCCAAGCGCCAGGGGAGCGCGACGAACAGUGGGCUUAACAGCGGUGCUACGUCCCCAAUUCCGCCACCCUCGCCUACAGCGCCCCACAGACCGCGGCCGCCAAGUGCCGCCGACUCGGAAUCGUCGCAGCGCGUCAGCGUCGCCGCAUUCCGCAAGAACAUCCGCCGCCCAAGCUCGUCCGUGCUCAUCGAUGACGACGAUGAUGUUCCCCUGUCGCUGAGCCGUGCUCAAUUGUUCGAGGGCAAUGGACUGCGUCGUGACUCGGGUUCGGCAGUGUCUCUCACGGACCACCCCUCCCCGCCUGCAGCACCCAAGCGCUCGCUACCUCCGACACCCAACGAUGAAUCGCGGGAGCCCAGUCCCAGUCCCAUCGGUCUCGGUGCGCCGCCUCCCAUGCGCAAUUCGACGUCGCCGUCGCCUGGAUUCGUGGUUAAGGGAGCGCGGCGCAACUUUGAUGCCAAGGACGCCAAGAAGCCGGACCCGAUUUCGGACCGCGUCCCUUCACCUCUGCCAGCCUCCGCGCCUAUCAUCACGGGGUCGCCCAAGGUUGUGCGUCCGCCGCGUGCAUCGUCGCUCUCAACAGGGGACGAGGUAAAUGACACGUUGCCGAUUUUGAUGACACCGCGUGACGACCCCACACCACUUGCGGGCCGUCGCGCCACAUCACGGUCACCUCCGCCGCCGCCUCCAGCUCCGCUCAAUAUUCCCGGGCCGCAAGCCAGUCCAGAUGAGCUGUUCAUCAUGCUUCCGCCACGACCAGACGAGUUACCGGAUGGCCCAACGGGACGGGAAAAUCCCAGCCGUGGCGCAACUCUCUCCCCCACGUUCGCGAUGACCUUCGACGAGCCGCUUCGCCGCAUCUCUGGUCUCUGGAGCGGCAGCACACCUGGCCAGGCCCACAGUGACAACGAGGAGGCUUUCGACCCAUCCAUGGUCGAGACUACUCUUCCCGACCGCCAGCGUGGGAGCGGCGGUCUUGAUGUGCCCGCAAACCAGGAGAACCGCCAGAGCUUUUACGACAGGCUGGCUGCUGCUACGUCAUCGGCCAUCACGACGGCGUCAAAUGCGUUGCCGACGUCCACGUCGUCAGAUGAGCGACUUUAUAUCCCACCGAUUCGGACGCCGUCGCCGCCUCCCAUCCAGGCACGGUCUCCCACAAGUGAAUGUACGGCAUCGCCAGUUCCUGCCCCUCCAGUGAUGGCCGAGGCGCCAGCAGAGGUGCCGGCCAUUCCACAUUCAUCGUUCGGUCGCGUUCCCAGGCUCCCCGCCGACAAACCUCGGGGAGCGCGUGCGAACAGGCAAGGAUGGGCGAGCAGCUCGGACGAGGACGAGGAUGAUAGGGUGCGACCUCGACCGGCGACAUCAGCGUCGACAAUCACAACUCGGGCGAUGGUUGCAGCACCGAGGCCACAGACUGCAGCUACCCGCCCACACUCGUCUGCAACCAUGUUGCGGGAUGUGGAGCUUAUCUCGGGAUCGUCGGACGAGGACGAGCCAUUGCAGACGCUCAAGACGUCGCGCUCGCGCAGUGACCUCCACGAACUGCGCCCUGCCAUGUCGCGCUCGUCGAACGCGGGAUUGUCGGUGCCCAAGAUCAAAACGCCCGAACUCCCGCGUCCGACUAGCAUCCUGAAGGCUUCGACUGGCAACGGCCAUGCCAACGGGCUCGCCAACGGGCACGCCAAUGCACCUACACCGCGCCCGCGCACUGGCAGUAUGCCCAACGAGCAGAGGGCUGCGGUCAUAUCGAGCGCAUCGAAGUGGUCACUGUCCUCGGCGCAUGACUCUGAGGAAGAGGAGCUGUCUCCACCAGUCAGGCCAGGGUCGCGCCCGGCGUCUCGCAACUCUGCACACUCUGUCUCUAUGCGUCCUCCGUCUCGCACUGCGGCUCGCCCGGCAUCUUUUGUCAGCAUUGCGACCGACUCGAAUGUGGACCGCAGCCGCCCUGUACCUCGCAAUGCCAGCUCAGACCACAUGCCCAAGUUGCGCAAUAGGAGCUCGGAUGUGCUCCCUCGCAACAAGAGCUCCGACUUGCUUCCCAGUCCCACAGGAACCGACCGCCUCCGUGCCACGCCGUCCGCGGCCAACAUGCGCCAGCCGGCACCGCGGCAUCCCAUGUCGAUGGUGGCGGCUGUGGACGGCCGGCCAACCGCCUCUCCAGCCUCGUCGCAGUCCGGCUUGACGGGCGACAGCUCUGGACAGCAGCCCAUGACACCACGCUCCGGUGCCGAUCCGGCGCGGCGGUCGUGGGCGGACGGUCGACCGCGUCCAGAUGCCGAGGCGUCGCCGGCGCGUAGACCCGCUUCGCAGUUCGACUGGGGUUCCAGUGCAGGCCAGGCCGGCGCGCAGAUGCCGAUGGCGUACCAGCCCGGCAUGGACGCGUACGGCGCCAUGAACAAGCAGCACAUGUACGCGCAGUUCAAGGCAAUGGCCGAUCGGCACUUCGAGGACAUGUGGGAGCGCGCAUCGAGCGUCGGCACUGCCAACACGGCGCCCCAGACCAACAUGUUCCAGCAGACGUACGGCUACUCGUACAACCAGCCCCCGAUGCCCAUGAUGCCUCAGAUGCCCUACGGCGGGUACACGCAGUAUCCUUACGGCGGCUUUGGCGGUCCGCAGGUCGCCUUCCCUGGCGGUAUGCCAAUGGGUGGCAUGAUGCCUCCCAUGGGCGGAAUGCCGAUGCAGGGCAUGCCAAUGGGCGGCAACGGCUACUCGUACGGGCCUGGCGCGCAGUCUGUGUACGGCGGCGAGUUCGGUCCGCCGGUCGCACCAGGCAUGCGCGAGAAUCAGCCUGGCUCUCCAGGUGGCUCGCCAUCACGUCGCACGCGCCACAUCUCGGGCUUGACGGACGUCCCCGCCGGGCGAGUCACUGGCCGUCCCUCUAGCGUCGCGCAGGGCUCGUCGUCGGCUUCCGUGACCGGCGUCUCCAUGAACCAAUAUGGUCAACAGCGCGCCACGCCACCGCGUCGACAGGCCCGGCGUACUUCAGGGCUCGCCUUGAGUGAGGCUGGGCCCCCGAGCUCAUGGAGAGCCUCGAUGGCCGACGACCUGGAGACGCCGCGCCCUAAACGUGUCACGAACGCCUCCUAA